GCCAGAUAUUGUGCUUUAUGUAGGUGUCAGCUUUGCUCUGUGGGUGAGUCGGCGAUGCGGAGAAAAGGCAGAUGCGACCGUUUCGGAGAAGAUUCCGCCGUCACUUCCUGCUAGGUCUGCUAGCGUGUGCCGUGCUCUUCUGCGUCGUGCGCGUGGCCCCGUGGCGGCGGCUCGGGGUCGGCAGCGCUACUUCGCAGCCACGUGGGGUGGAAGCCGCCAAGCGAGCAGAAGCAAGUCUCCUCUACGCCUCUCUCUUUCUGCGACACGCAAGAGGGACGUCUUUACAGGCGGCGCCGCCCGAAGAAGGCCAAGGGACGCGGGGAGCCGGCUGGAAACUGAGGGAGCCUGCGUCGACGCGGGCUGCAGAAGCCGCUGAAACAAACGACUUUCCGGGAGAUUUCGCAGCUGCUAACUGCACUAUGGGGCGCUGUUUCAACGCUGGAAGGUGCGGCGGAGACUUUCGCGUGUACGUUUAUCCGGACAACGACGGAGUGAAGGUGUCCGGACUCUACAGAAAAAUUCUGCGCAUUCUCCGAAACAGUCCGUACUACACCUCGGAUCCGGACGAGGCGUGCGUGCUGGUACCGAGCUGGGACACGUUAGACAGAGACAAGUUGAGCGACGAAUACGUCAUGAAGCUCCCAUCCACAUGGUUGCUGUCCCACUGGAACGGAGGAAGGAACCACCUCUUCUUCAACCUCUACUCCGGCUCAUGGCCGACUUACUUCGAAUCCCUGGACUUUGACCCUGGGCUCGCCAUUGUCGCCAAGGCGUCGUUCAACACGGCAUCUUUCCGCCAGAAUUUCGACAUCUCUCUUCCUCUCCUGCACAACUCUCACUCCGAGAGAGGGGUUUUCCCCUCCGUCAUGACUACCAGGGGGAACCUCCUGCCAAUUAAGCGGAGGUACCACCUGGCGUUCAAGGGGAAGAGGUACUUGUAUGGCCUGGGGGUGGAGCCUCGCCGCUCGCUCUAUCACAUUCGCAACAGUCGCGAUGUUGUCAUGGUGAUGACUUGUCGACACAACAAGAACUGGGAGAAGUACAAGGACAGUCGUUGUGACGUGGACAACGCCGAGUAUAACAGAUUCGACUACAUGGAGCUGCUGACCAACUCCUCCUUCUGCCUGGUGCCCAGAGGACGACGUCUCGGGUCAUUCCGGUUCAUCGAGUCUCUCCAGUCCUCCUGUAUACCAGUCUCCCUUAGCAACGGUUACAUCCUCCCGUUGGACGAGGUAAUUGAUUGGCAUCGCUACUCCAUUGUCGUUGACGAGCGACAUUUCCUACAAGUACCUCACAUUACACGCUCCCUCUCAACGCAACAGGUCCUGGACAUGAGGUUGUGGGGCAGUUGGGUCUACGAGACUUACUUUAGCUCAGUGGAUAAGGUCGUCAUGGCAACCAUCGAAAUAAUUCGGAACAGGCUCCACCCCUCCAGUGGGUUUGUGUGGAACCGGCACCCCGGGGGCUUGACCUUUGUACCCUCCUUCAGCCCCUCCCUCUCCGAUUACCCCUUUUAUCGUCAUGGCAACGCCUUGCACUCUGCAAACUACACAAUCGUCAUGUCUGUCUCCAGCGCUGCACUCAAGGAGAGCUCUCCUGUAAUUAAACUAAUUAGGUCACUCUCCACUGCUCCCCACUUAUCAAAGAUCAUAAUCAUCUGGACUGGAACUGGACCGCCCAAAAUACGCCCCCCUCCCCUCCCCGUUACCGUGACGAUCAUAUCGCGGCCAUCGGUCCAGAUCAACCCGCUGUCUCGGUUCCAUUCCGUGCCUGGAAUAGAGACGGACGCAGUACUCCAUCUCUCGGAGGACGUGGGACUCACGGUCGACGAGGCGGAGUUUGGGAUGGAGGUGUGGCGGGCGUUCCCCGACAGGCUGGUGGGGUUCGUUGGCCACGCCCACUCCUGGGACGAAGAGUUGUUGAGAUGGAGUUACAGCUCUGAUGCUGAGAAUGAGUAUUCCAUCAUCCUUUCGGAUGCAGUGUUCGUUCACAGGUACUACAGCCAUGCUCUGGCUAACUCAUUACCUCAGACUCUCUCCAGAAUAUCGUCCACGGAACACGACUGCACAAACCUCAUUCUCAACUUCUACGUCGCACACGUCACACGGAAACCUCCAAUUAAAGCCACCCACCGACUGAAACUACACCAGAAAAUGACUGCUGAUGGCAACGACGCAGAAAAAGCCACGAGAUUUGAUCGUUUGCAGGUUCCUUGUCUCAACAUGCUGGUCACCGCUUUUGGCUACAUGCCUCUCACCAACUCAUCCGUUCGUUUCGACCCUGUUCUAUUUAAAGACAGUGUGUCUAUGCUGAGAAAGCAAUAUCGAAAUCUGGACGUGCUUUCUUAGGUCAUAUUCCCCCUCUCCGUACCACCCUUUUUCCCACAUAUCAAAUUUUCUGAGCACAGUCAUAAUUUCAUCAAAUAUUUUCAGUGAAAAAGUCACUAAACAAUAAUUUUGAUUAACGUCAGCUCCCUCGCAUCUAGUGUUAUAUAUAGUCUGAGUUAACUGCGUGCAGAAAGACAAUUUAAUUUUUAUAAUUAUUUUGGGGGAAGACGUUACAGGAAUCUUAGCUCCCUAAGCAGCAGUUGAGGCAGAUUUAGCUACAGUAGUAGUAUACACUAUUAUAUCUACAGUCUCAUAGUCCAUUAGUUCAGCUCCUCUGAUUCUCCGUGCCAGAUGAGCCUCCUCAAGCCUCUAUCGGAGCGAGAGGGACAGUUGCCUGCAUACCACCUACUCCCGGGACCUGCAUGGUGGGAGAGAUGAUGUGUGACUAGUUGAUGAAAAUGCAGUUUCAUACCCAGUGUGCUAAUCACGUGAUAAUCAUGUGACCAGGAGGUGCGUCAUGUGACCUAUGUACCUGUUGCCCGUCUUGUUCCUUUGUCUGGUGAUCGCGGAGAACGGUGACGGCCUCUUCCACCUUACUCUUCAGGCUCUCCGGCACCUCAAGCAUGUGCAGCAGCUCCGAGUUGUCCAUCUCCAACAACAUGCCUGUAGUUGGGG